GACUGUUUCCUGUGGCGCGGAGUCGAGCGCAGUUUACCUCAGGACUCCAGCGAGCGAGAUUGAGUUUAUUAUCGAAACAGAUAUUAGUAAGCGUGUAUGUGUGGGCCAGAUAUCACCGAUCAGAGUCGCGGGAUGUCGCAGAAACAGCCGUUAGAGCUCCGCUUCGUCGCCGAUGAAGACGUUCUGGAUCAUAUUGUAGAGAAACGGCGAGAUAUAAAGGCGGCGGAUGGAUCCGUGCAGACGCUGGUGACCCUGAAAGCCCAGCAGAGAUCCAGAAGAGCUGAGGAUGAGGAGGAGGAGGAGGAAGAGGUGCUGAGUGAGCAGAGCUAUGUGCAAAUGUGUGUUUUUAUGAAUAUAAAGGCGGCGGAUGGAUCCGUGCAGACGCUGGUGACCCUGAAAGCCCAGCAGAGAUCCAGAAGAGCUGAGGAUGAGGAGGAGGAGGAGGAGGAGGAAGAGGUGCUGAGUGAGCAGAGCUAUGUGCAUGCUCUGUGCACCGGAUCACAAGAUACGAGUGAAAAUGGCACCGUCACUGCGGGAUCAUCUGUCUUCUCGUUUCAGACCAUCAAGCGGGGCAAUAAAAUGGCUCAGAUGGCGUCUGAAUGGUCUCGAACGCCUGGAAAGAGUGUGACCUUCUGCACAUCAGACACAAACGAGGACUCGUCCAGCCCGACACGCACCGCUCAAAAAUCAGCCAAUCAGAGCAAAACCCCUCAGAAGGGAAAGAAGGUGCAGUUCAUCUCCACGACACCACACCGACUGCGCAAGAGACUGUCAGCUCCGAACCUGCGUUCAGACAGCGAGAGCGAUUUCUCCCCCUCGAACUCUGAGGAUGAUGAUGAUGCUGAAGAACACGAGGGGAAGAGGGUCGACCAGCCCAAAACACCCAGUAAAAACACGUCCGCUGCUGCGCUCUAUAAGACGCCCAGUAAGAAGGGCAAGAAAGCAGCAGAGGUGAGAACCUGUUUCUUGCACUUAAAACACCUUAGCAACCACCCUCAACACCCUAGCAACCU